AUGUCCGCCAGCUAUACUGACUUGCGUGCUCUGGCGCGGAGUCAGGCUGCUUCGAGCCCAGUCACCCCAUUGCUUCCAAGCCCCAUUGCAGGAGAGCCUCAGCCGGAAGGUCAAUCACAUUUCAAAUUCCAUAAUCCACGAGAGCGACUGCCAACACCCAUCCCGAACGACGAUUCUUUGGACAGCCUACAUAUUCUGUCCUAUUAUUGCAACGAUCCGGAUUGCGACGAGCAAGACCGAGCAGCCCACUCCUCUGAACAAGAGACACUAGAAGACGACAAUCUAAGCACAGCGUCGGAAUCCAUGCCGGUAACUCCGCGUGACCACGAGUAUCAAGGCACUCCGUGUUCGGACGAAUCUGGAUGGCUGGCCAAUACCACAUCGCAUGAGGAGAGGAUCCGCCGAUUCAAAGCUCGAUACUAUCAAGUCGUGCAGCGUCCUUGCACAUCCGCUCGCGCAGGAGACAGCGAGCAUGGAGUGAUGAUCGCCACCGUGCUCGUAGGACCAGGCAAGCCGAAGCUGAUUCAGAUUCAACGUCCGCCCUCUAGUCGAUCGAGGGGUAAGUCGCCUGCUGAAGGCGCCCUCAUCCCUUCGACGCCGAAGCAAACGCUCGUUGAAGUCUCCGCCUUCAGCCCGUACGACACCCCUUGUGAUGUCUCUCACGACUCUCACAUUUCAGAUGGCGCCUAUGACCGUACCCAAAACCCCUCGCCUUCUUCGACCCGUGCCGUCCCGCAACUCGUCGCCUUUGCAACACGAGGCAGGACAAGCAGAUCGGGAACCAGUGUGUCCAACGGCACUGGGCCACAUAUCUGCAAAUUGACAGAUCCAUUUACGACCUCGCCCCGGAGGACGCGCAGCGAUCGAUCUUUCCGCACGUUGGAGAUGAGGUGGGCCAUUGCGGACACGCUAGAAGUUGAUACGCGCUCCGUUGCACAGCUGUCGCCUACUACCAAAAGUGCAAAAUGGUCUCGGUGCCGAAGAUUAGAAAGAGCUCUGAACGCGGUCACUAUGGCCAUCGACGAAUUUCCCGACGGUAUGCUAUGUCUCGAUUCGCCUGCCGUCAUGGAGCUGCGGAAUCCGCAAAUCACUGAUGCAACAUAUAUCGAGGCCUUUCGGCGAAUAUUUCCCUCGGCACCCUCACUGCUCAUUUCGGCAAUCACGGCCUGGGUUAUCGUCGACCUCUAUUUCUCUCGAUUGAAAGACCAGCUCGUUCCCAUGGAGCGGUGCUGGGCACAAGCCGCAGCCUCAAACGAAAGUCUGCACCGCAUUCCCGAGAAGGCAAGAGAAAUGUUAGGAAUCGGUCCCCCCGACGAAACAACCAUUAUGCUCAAUGAGUAUGCGCUCAGGAAGAGGGGGAUGGCGAUGCAGGCAAGUAUUGGUGUGAUUGGACGAAGGCUGGUCAAUGCUUUGAGAGGGUCGUGGGAUGAAGAUAUAUGGCGGUCUCUGAAAGUCUUGGUGGAGGUGAUUGAGGCCAGUCCGCCGCGUUGGCCAUGA